AUGUUGGUUGGACGAGACAUGAUCACCCAGAUUAAGGUUGAGUUUGAAGACCACCCGGUCCACGGAGAAAGCGUCAAGGUCGCUGAUCAGUUUUUUUGGACCAAUGUCCGCGGCGUCUUUGUUGCCGGGGAUGCAGCGACUCCAAUGAAGGUUGUCUCUCAGGCGAUUGGUAACGGUUCCGCCGUUGCUGCUGGUAUCGCGGUGCAGUUGGUUAACGACGAUCAUGGAGAUUCUCUUGGUGGAAAAAGAAGACAGUUGACCUGA